UAACUAUUUGAGUUGUAGUGAUGAUCCAGCAAGUGAUCGCGCCUCUUUCUCUCUCUAAAACCUUUACCAUCUUCCUGCUUUCUCUCUCUAACCCAUAAACCCUAGCUUCCAUUUCACUCCCACCCACAUCCCAUACACACAAUUACAUAUGCGCACGCAAUCUUUUCACUGAAAACAGAGUCAUCUUCAAUCCAACAUGAAUAACAAUUUCACCGUUGCUUCCGUUACUUUGCUCGCAUCAAACCCUCCAAAUCUUGUAUCUGGGCCUCUGUUGGCGGGUUUCGGGUCCGGUUCUGGGUUCCCGGAGCUCCAGUUUGUUGUUGAGCUUGAUGGGCAACAAUCUUUUAAGUUUGAUCUUCGAACCACUCAGCUUUUCAGGCUAGGUGCAUUCCAAUCACUUUGCGUAUCAGAAGGUUCCGAAACCGUCAAAGAGAGAACUUAUUCAAAGGGAAUCACUAUUCAAUUUAAAGACGAGGAAGAAAGUAGCGCCUUUCAUGGUGCAUUUGAGCAAUGGAAAAGUAAAGCGGUUACUCAAGGAUCAAGUUUACCAAACGGAACGGUUUCUUCUUCUAAAAGCAAGUUCGAUGAUAAAAUAGAAGCAUCUUCUGCUAAAAUGUAUUUCCAUUACUAUGGGCAACUGCUUCAUCAGCAAAAUAUGAUGCAGGAUUAUGUGAGAACAGGUUCCUACUAUGCUGCGGUUAUCGAGAAUAAAGCCGAUUUUGCUGGGCGGGUAGUGGUUGAUGUUGGUGCCGGAAGUGGCAUACUAUCAUUGUUCGCCGCUCAGGCUGGUGCAAAACAUGUUUAUGCUGUUGAAGCGUCUGAAAUGGCCGACUAUGCUCAAAAGCUUAUUGCGGGGAACCCUAGUUUGGGACAAAGAAUUACGGUUAUCAAGGGCAAAAUUGAAGACGUUGAAUUGCCCGAGAAAGCCGAUAUAUUAAUUUCAGAGCCUAUGGGCACCUUGUUAAUUAACGAAAGAAUGCUCGAGUCUUAUGUCAUUGCAAGAGAUCGGUUUCUUGUCCCUAAUGGGAAAAUGUUUCCGACUGUUGGAAGAAUUCACAUGGCACCAUUUAGUGACGAGUAUCUCUAUGUCGAAAUUGCUAACAAGUCCCUAUUUUGGCAGCAACAGAACUAUUACGGUGUUGAUUUGACCGCUUUACAUGGUACCGCAUUUCAAGGAUAUUUUUCACAGCCUGUGGUUGAUGCCUUUGAUCCAAGGUUAUUGGUGGCUCCUUCAAUUUCACAUAUCAUCAAUUUUACCACCGUAAAGGAAGAGGACUUGUAUGAAAUCAACAUACCGUUAAAAUUCACAGCUUCUGUGGGCACAAGAAUACAUGGUUUAGCAUGUUGGUUCGAUGUUUUAUUUAAUGGAAGCACUGUACAAAGGUGGCUAACCACGGCUCCCGGUGCACCCACGACUCACUGGUACCAACUACGUUGUGUGUUGUCCCAACCCAUAUACGUCAUGCAGGGCCAAGAAAUUACCGGUCAUCUUCACAUGAUUGCACACAGUGCUCAGAGUUACACAAUCAACCUAACCAUGUCAGCUAAAAUGUGGGGCCCCGGUGCUAAACAAGGAGGAAUACUACAAACGUCAAGUUGCAAACUCGAUCUUAAAGAACCAUAUUAUCGAAUGUCGCAACCACAAGCGUACCCUGCGGCCCAAGAUCAGCAGCCAGAUCAGGAUUUAAAACAUCCCUCGUUGGCGGAUUUUGUCCAACAAUGUUCGAAUGAUUCGGAUGUCCAAAUUCUUUGAAUGCAUUUGAGAUCCCGAAAUGGUUAAAGCUUCCUGAUUCAUGAUGUAACAUUGUACAUGCACCGUGAAAUGUCAGGUGGGUUAUUUCGAAGACUGCCGUUUUUACUCUUGUGUAUCGUUUUAAUGCCUGUAAAUUGAGUUGACCGAUUUAAUUGUUCGCACUAUGGUCGUUGAAACAGGUGACAUAAUUUAUUUUUAGCUUCAAGAUGAAGUUCGACUUUUGCUUCCGAUGAA